GGCGGUGGUGCCGGUGGUGUCGCUGGACGGGGUGACGCGGGAGCAGUUCCUGAGGGACAUCUAUCCCCGGAGAAAGCCAGUAGUGCUGAAAGGAAUGGAACUGGGCACUUGCACAACCAAGUGGACAGUUGAUUACUUGAGCCAAGCUGAAGGAUCUAAAGAAGUAAAGAUUCACGUCUCAGUGGUGCCACAGAUGGAUUUCCUCAGUAAGAACUUUGUGUAUAGAACUCUGCCUUUUGAUGUAUUUGUACGAAGAGCAGCCGAAGACAAACACAAGGAGUACUUUCUCUCUGAGGAUGAAAAGUACUAUUUGCGAUCAGUGGGAGAAGAUGCUAGGAAGGAUAUUGCUGAUAUCAGAAAGGACUUCCCUGUUUUGGCAGAAGAUGUUCAAAUUCCAGACUAUUUUGAGAAGGAGCAGUUUUUCUCUAGUGUCUUCCGCAUCAGCUCAGCUGGAUUACAGUUGUGGACGCAUUAUGAUGUAAUGGAUAACUUAUUAAUCCAGAUAACAGGGAAGAAACGUGUUGUUCUCUACAGUCCUCAAGAUGCACCCUAUUUAUAUUUAUCAGGUAGUAAGUCAGAGGUGCUGGAUGUGGAUAACCCAGACCUAGACAAAUACCCACUCUUUGUGAGAGCCAAGCGCUAUCAGUGUCAGCUGGAAGCAGGAGAUGUGUUGUUCAUUCCAGCUCUGUGGUUCCACAAUGUAGUUUCUGAGGAAUUUGGAGUGGCAGUGAAUGUCUUCUGGAAGCACCUUCCUGCUGAGUCCUAUGAUAAGAGCGACACGUAUGGAAACAAAGACCCCACAGCAGCUUCUCGAGCUAUCCAGAUCUUGGACAGAGCCUUGAAAACACUUGAGGAACUACCUGAGGAAUACAGGGACUUUUACGCUCGGAGAAUGGUGUUACGUAUCCAAGAGAAAGCCUAUAGGAAUGAUUAUGGAUAGAAUAAGCCCUUGUGAUUCAGCAGGCUCCUGGAAGAGUGGAAAAUUGUGUGUUCAUGUGCAAACUGUCCCUUUGUACAUACAUAUGCUUUCUGUAAGACCCAUGAAACUGAUGUUGAUAAACAUCCAUGUGGUACAAAGCUUGGCUUGUAGAUUUUUCCUUUCUUGGCACUGCUCAGUGAGUGCAGAGUCUGCCUGAACUGGAGGUGCUCCCUCUUCUACAACCAGGUGUACACUUGCAGUGCUUGCAUUUACAAUUCUGCCCUUUUUUGAGCGUUGUUAAACUUUUCUGAACAGGUUUUGGUAUCUGCCAGCAUGUAACUGCACCUGUUCCUGAAUACCACUUCAUGUGUUGAAGUUUAGUAGAACCAUAGUGGUUUCUGAGAAGGCCCAGAAAAGCCAUUGGUGUUAGUCUAAAAGAAACCAUUACCCUUGCAACCAACAGCCUGGAGGCUCUGCAGAGAGGCUUAGACAGAUUGGAUCAGUGGACUGAGGUCAAUGGGAUGUGCUGCAAUAAGGCCAAGGUCCAGGUGCUGCACUUGGGCCACAACAACCCCAUGCAAUGCUACAGGCUUG